CUUCCGCGCUCGACUGGAUGUGAUCCUCACCGUUCAUUCAACCAUCACAUUUACACACACAUACACACACUCUCUGUUCAUAAUUUUCGAAUCUGAAACAACUUCAAGUCGCAGCUUCAGGUCGAUUAUCUUACCAUAGAUGAAUCAUCUAUAACCACACAGCUUGGUGGCGGAAGAAGAUGGCGACGGCGGAGAAGUUGAAGGCGGCGGAGAAGCUGUUGUCGCGGCUCUCCGAGCGGAAGAGAUCGAUAAUCGAACACGUGAAGCAACAAACGGAGUCGUACAGUCAGCACCUCGCUUCCAAACUCCUCAUUCAAGGAAUUAGCCCUCCCUCGUGGCUUCGGGACCCUAGCACCUCGGCCGCGAAAGAGCUAAAUGAAGAAGACCUCAUCUCUAGACUUCUAAGUCAGUAUCAGGAGGGGUCAGCCCGUUGCUCUAUUGCCAGCUCCCCAGGGCAUAGCAACUUAAUCGUUACUGGUGAUCACGAAAAAUUUAGGGAUGGAGACGUUGUGGAAAUUCCAGCUGCUAAUGAAGAUCUUUAUCAAGAAAAUGAACCAGUAGCACCUGGAUUUAGCUGUGACGAUAAUGGUGAAUGUGCCCUCAGCUCAGUUCCCAAGCUAGAUCAUAGUGCUGCAUUGUCUAAGGAUCAGACAGAUGAAAAUAUCUCAAAUAAUUACACUAUACCAGAUCAGUCGCUAGCUGGAAUCCAGAGGUCCAAGUCCAGACAAAAAGCUCUUAAGCUCCGCAGCAGUGCAAAAGCAUCAGGGAAGAGUGGUUUAAGACAUGAGAGCAAUGGCGAUGUUGUUUCUAGCCAGAUUAGGUUUUCUCUCUCUAUUACAAAGCAGCCAUGCCAAAAUGAUGAUAUGUCCCAAUUGGAAGAACCCUGUAUAAUUGAUAAUCACAGUAGUGUGAAUAGGAAUGUGGUUGAAACUCAUAGCUUAAAUAGAGAAGAGGAAGUGGCUGCACACUCUGAGAGUAGGUCUGAAUCUCAUGCAGAAGUUCCAAUAUCUGUUGUAGGCUCUUCUCCAUUGGGUUGUUCAUCUAAUUACUACAGAGAAAAGGCCUCAUGUCAAGAUGCUAGUGUAAAGAGAAAAGAAUCCAAUCCUAUUUCUGACACUGAGCAUCCUGAUAAUCAUGUUAACCUGCCAAAAGCUGGACCAUCUGCUGCUUGUCGUGAAAGCAUUAGAGGCAGGGCAGAUGAAGAUGCAUAUUUUCUCUGCGAGGAUGAAGGAAAAAAUGUUCAUACUGGUGAAAUUAUUAGGUCAGAUGUUUCCAGAAGAAGGCAAACUUGUGGUUGUGACUCAACCAAAGCUGGUAGUUCUUUUGAUGAUUAUCAGGGAAUAGAUAUUACUAUGAAGGAUGCUGGGGAUUAUCUACCCCCAGAUUGUUUUGAUGGAUCCUUAAUGAAGAUUCAUUCCUGUAACGUUCAUAGUGCUGGAUUAGCAAGACAAGUUAAUGAUUCUCAAGAGCAGUUGGGGUUAGAUAAACCAUCUGAUGAAUUUCGUAGCGUGACAAGGUCAAAAACUCAUUCUUAUGGAAAAGAAACGUUUCGACCUGUAACGUUUAAUGAGGGUAAAGAAUCCAUCGCAUACUGUGAAGGAAAGUCUGCUGAAGAACUUCAGAGCUCAAGUGUUCAAUAUAUUCCUUCCUAUCUUAGUACCCAUAAGAUGCUUCAUGAUGAUGAAAAUGGCAAGCUUGUUAUGGCCAGUGAGCUUUGUUUGCCUGAUCAUGUUGAUAAGUCUAGCCUUUCCAGUGCUAAUUAUUCUAAGCAGGGGAGAGGAUUUGAGUCUGAAGUUGCACUGACUCCUUCAGAUUCUUCUGCAUCUGCGGAACCAAAGCAGUUAGAGUCGAAACAGGCUGAAGUGUACGACCUGAAUGCCUUCACUUCUACAUCUGGAAAGAAGUUGAAUUGUCCCUUGAAUGAUCCUGAUGUACCACUAGAUAAAGAAAUUCGUGGUGAAAAUUAUUUGCCAUCAAGUGCAGGAUCAGCAAGACAGGUUAAUAGUUCUCAAGAGCUACUGGGGUUAGUUAAAACGUCUGAUGGAUUUCGUAGGGUGACAAGGUCACAAACUCAUUCUUAUGGCAAACAAAUGUGUCUACCUGUAACGUAUAAUGAGGGCACAGAAUCCAUCUCAGACCAUGAAGGAAAGUCUGCUGAAGAACUUCAAAUAUCAAUUGCUCAAUCUAUUCCUCCCUAUAUUGGCACCCAUAAGCUGCUUCAUGAUGAUGAAAAUGGCAAGCUUGUUAUGGCCAGUGAGCUUUGUUUGCCUGAUCACGUUGAUAAGUCUAGUCUUUCCAGUUCUAAGGCUUUGAAGCAGGAAAGAGGGUUGGAGUCUGAAGCUCCACUGACUCCUUCAGAUUCUUCUGCAUCUGCGGAACCAAAGCAGUUAGAGUCGAAACAGGCUGAAGAGUACGACCUGAAAGCCUUCAGUUCUAGAUCUGGAAAGAAGUUGAGUUGUUCCUUGCAUGAUCCUGAUGUACCACUAGAUAAAGGAAUUCGUGGUGAAAAUAAUCCGCCAUCAAGAGCAGGAUCAGCCAGACAGGUUAAUGAUUCUCAAGAGCUAUUGGGGUUGGUUAAAACGUCUGAUGGAUUUCGUAGGGUGACAAGGUCACAAACUCAUUCUUUUGGCAAACAAAUGUAUCUUCCUGUAACGUAUAAUGAGGGCACUGAAUCCAUCUCAGACCGUGAAGGAAAGUCUGCUAAAGAACUUCAGAUAUCAAGUGUUCAAUCUAUUCCUCCCUAUCUUGGCACCCAUACUGCUAAAGAACUUCAGAUAUCAAGUGUUCAAUCUAUUCCUCCCUAUCUUGGCACCCAUAAGCUGCUUCAUGAUGAUGAAAAUGGCAAGCUUGUUAUGGCCAGUGAGCUUUGUUUGCCUGAUCACGUUAACAAGUCUAGACUUUCCAGUUCUGAUUAUUCUAAGCAGGGAAGAGGCUUGGAGUCUGAACUUGCACUGACUCCAUCAGAUUCUUUCGCAUCUGUGGAACCAAAACAGUUAGAGGAGAAACAGACUGAAGAGUACGACCUGAAAGCCUUCACUUCGAGAUCUGGAAAGAAGUUGAGUUGUUCCUUGCAUGAUCCUGAUGUAUCACUAGAUAAAGGAAUUCCUGGUGGAAAUAACCAGCCAUCUUCAAGUAAGCAGUUACCAAGGAUGCUAGAUAUCUCAACUCAAGGAGGGAAAGUCUGCAGGGAUUCCUUUCAACCUGAUGUCCAGGAGAGCCCAGACACUCACAUUGGAAAAUUUGGACCAGUUAUAGACAGUGUAAUAUUAAAUGCUUCCGAAGUUAGUUCAGAAGUUGAGCUAAAUUUUAGAAGUUCUGAAGUUCAUGGCGAGAUGCAUGAUCUUCCAUCUAAACUGGUCGACAUAACUGACAUUCAAAUUCUUCCAGUGAAUUUACAUGUUAAAUAUGGGCCUGAGUCCUCCCCUGUGCACAGCAUGGAACAGGGGAAUUUCGAUGAUGAAGCAUGCGAUAAGAGUCAAUUGGUCUUCAGUGUUCCAGAAAGCAAAAACUCAAGGCUUUCACAGGUCCAAGAGUCAGAAAAAGACCCAGCAGCAAAGUCCAACGCUUGCUUAAUUAAGAAAGCAGGGACAAAUCCUAUUGCAAUUGAUGAUAUGAAGCAAUAUCCUGCUCAUCAAUCUCAAAUAUUAUCAUGGCCUGAGAGUGGUGUAAGUAGCAAACAUGGAGAUUCAUCACUGGGGAUUACUUCAUUGGGAAGACAUAGUAUGAUCAGGUUGGAUGAUAAAAAAUUGUCAUUCGAGAGAAGACUCAGACACGUGCGAACUGAAUCAUGGCCACAGAUCAAAAGACGGAAAAUUGAACAUCUGCAAGAUCGUGGCUGUGCAACUUCCAAGAGCUUUCGGGUGACAAAGCCUCACACCUUUCAAUGGGAUCCUGACAUUGCUUAUCAGAAAACAAUGGAAAUUGAGAUAGACUCUGGUCUCGUGGUACAUGGAGAAAAGAGUACAGAUGAUGGAUUAUGCUUAGAGGCGAAGGCUAAUCCAAUGGAAGAAAUUCAACCUGCAAUGUUGUCCCAUCAUGGAGAGGUUGAAUCUUGCUACGUUGAAAGGAGUGAAAAUGAACAUACAUCGCCUGUUAUAAAUAGCGAGCAGUUAGCUGCGACAAUCUCAAGCUUGGCCAAGAAAGAAUCCCGAAACUCACAAGGAUGCUAUAUUGAGGGAACCAGAACUUCACCUUUGACUUGUGAUUAUCUUGAUGCAAGCCUGUCUGGGUAUAAACAAUGUAUACAGAACUUAUGUAAUCUCGAAAAUAAUACUGACAAUCAAAGUUCUGAUAUUAUGAAACUCAGCAGUACACUGACUGAGGAAAUACAGCAACCUCCCAAGUGGGAGGAUGGUUUACACAUGCAGCAUUCUGUUCUUUCCUCAAGCCAUGAAGAUCUGCAACUUAUUUAUUUUGAUCAAUCUAUUCCUGUAUUUGAGGGGUUCAUUGUAAAUGCAGAAACAGACACCGAGGAAAUGAAUCUUCCAGCAGUUGGAUUUGACCUUGGUGAACUGGAACUUCCUAGGACAACACUGGAACGUGCUAGCAUUCUAGCUGAAAUUUGCAGAUCUGCUAGCUUGGAUGGAUCCUCAUCCCACUUCUCAUCUGCUUUCAAAUUUCAGGACACCGGAAAUUUGUGUAAAUCUAUGUCUGAUGAUGGUCAUCUCGAGCACACACAAUUUGGAGAUGCUAAUCCUUUAAAUGCUGAGGUUGGGAUUCAUUUUCAAUCUCAUAGCAGUUCUUCAGAUGAUUACAAGAAUGCCCUUGAUGGGAUGCCUUAUUCUGUUUCUCUUGCUUAUUCUGGUGAAAGAUAUGGUUGGGAUUCAAGAAACCAACCACCAUCUCCAGUUGGGAAGCUUUGGAAUCAAUUCUCAUCACAUUCUGGGAGUUCAGGAAAAUGUUCCACUUCAAAUCCUGAACUUACUUGCUUCCCAAUAGAGGAAGAUCCCAGUAGUAGUGAAGAGAAUAAAACUAUGGAAGAGAAUGCAGGUGAUACACAAGAUGAAACUGAUUCAUCAUUGGCUAACAACUGUGAUAAAAGGAAUCCACUUACAGAUUUGACAAAUAUGUGUACGAAUCCUCCCAUUUCAGUUUCUACAGAAGAGGAGACAUUGAGAGCAGGUUCUGUGGAUUUUCUCAGAUCAAAAUUUAGUGUCACUGGGACACAAGAGAAGACACUAUUGGGUCAAAAGUAUCAGUUUAGAAAAAAUAGCGAGGCCAGCGAAAAACAGACAUCAUGUACUCGUGCUGCUGAUGGUAGGAAACACCAACUUUCAUCUAUUGGUUCAAAUGCAACCAAGAGGGCCAAGGAAUCAGUGUACAACAGCAUCAGCAAGUCAGUUGUUUCAACAAAAACCAGGUUGAAAGGGCAGGAUCAAAAGCUUUCUUCGAGAGGAUCUAGAAGUAAUAACAUUGUCUCGAAUAUUAGUUCCUUUAUACCACUGAUACAACAAAAACAAGCAGCUACAGCAUGUCAAGGAAAAAGAGAUGUCAAGGUGAAGGCCCUGGAGGCUGCUGAGGCUGCAAAACGUGUAGAGGAGCAAAAAGAAAAUGAACGUAAGAAGAGGAAGGAAGCUUUAAAACUUGAACGAGCAAAGUUGGAAGAAAAGAAUUUGAAAAACAUCGAAUUGGAGAAGACAAAGAAAGAAGAAGAUCGCAAGAAAAAGGAUGCUGAGGUUAUUGCAAAGAAAAGGCUGAGGGAGGAAGAAGAGAAGAAGGAGAAGGAGAAGAAAAGAAUGCGACUUGAAUCAAGGCAGCGGCAAAGGGAUCAAGAAGAAAAAAAGCGAGUAGUGAGGCCUGAAAAGGAAAAUCAACGGACCAAGGAUGACCAAAUGAAGAGAAAGAAGGAAUUCAACAAUAAAUCUAAAAAGCAGCAGAACAGGGAAAUCACUGGAGGAGAAAGCGUGGCCAUGCAGGAGGCAGACAAUAAUUUAACACUCAAUGAAUUUGUGGCGAAUUAUGAAGAAUCUGGUACUUCUGCUAUAUGUGAUGGAGAGGGGAUGCAUGCAGUGGAUAAAUCACCCAGAAAUGAGGACUUGAUAGUUCCGAACAGUAAUGGAAAAUCAUAUGAAAUCUCUCCAUACCAGUGCACAGAUGAUGAAGAUGAAGAGGAUGAUGAGUUGCGCAGCAAGAAACGUAUUCCAUCAUGGUCCAGUAAAAGCUCCAUCGCUCUGUUUUUACCAAUGAAGCACCAAUUGGACCCUGAUGUGAUUUUCCCCCUUGAAAGUUUUUGCAGUAUCGGUGAAAUUUUGCUACCCCGCAAGCUACAGCAAAAGAAGGUGGCUGCUUGAAUCAAAUUAUUGGCUGUUGAUUGUCAUCUCUCAAAUUUUUGCUGAUUGUUUCUGACGGAGGCUUAUUAUGCUCAAAAGGUUUUUCCUUUCACUUUCGGUGUCAUAUCAACUUAUUAAAUUAAAGGGUUAAUUUGACAAUUCUAUCAAAAUGCAAGAGUUGAGAGCUAAAGGAUGAAUCUAGUGUCUUCUAUUCCCAAAACUUUCUCUUAUGACUUUGUAAUUAGGUUGUUUCAUGACAUCAGGAAUCAUCAAACUUUUACUUUAGUAUGCCAUGGGGUAAAAGCUGAAUCUAGUUUUGGCACUCUCUAUCUGAAAUAUUUGCUAUAUAUUUGAUGUCAGGGUAGCAUAUUUUGAUUUCUAGUAAUGGUGUCUUCCUCAGCCCAUUGCAUGUAUCAACCGAGGAUGCAGAUUGGAGUGUUAAGAAAGCUUAAUCUUCCCCCCCCUUUAGGUUAAUACUGCCCUGUGUCUGCAUGAGAUGAUAUUUGGAUUUCGAGGCUUUUUAUGUUCGCCGGAAGAACUCUCUUAAUCAUUUGAUGUUAGAUGCCUUGUAUGGAUGCUUGGCAUAUUACUAAUAUAUUGUGUACAUGAGAAGGGACGCUUGGAAUAAAUAGGACAAAACUAACAUGUAUAUGUAUUAAUGUUCUUACUUCUGUUACGACGAAUCCAUGAUUUUUAGUUCACAAUUUGUUCUUUCA